UAUAGAUGUUGUGCAUCUAGAAGUUUGAAAUCUAUAAAUCGUAAUUAAAGCUGACUUGACAACUGCGAGCGCUUGUGAUCAUUUAUGAUGGUACUGUCGCGUCUAUGCUACUACAGUAUACAUGUCUUGCUGUGACGGUAGUGAUAGCUACGUCAAAUUACGUGACUUGCUCGUUUUGUGGAUUAAAAGCAGAUUGCUUGAUUUAUCAGCCGUUGCUAUUUCGUAUUGGACAUUUGGAAAGCAAUUCACGACAUUUCAGAAUGGGUGUAAUUUUCUUGGAACACAUCGGAGGUACUCGGCUAUUCUCUUGUGCUGCCUGUGACACCAAUCUCACAAACAGAGGUCAGCUGAUAAGCACGCGUUUUACUGGCGCUACGGGUCGUGCUUUUCUAUUUAACAAAGUCGUCAACUUAAAUUACAGCGAGGUACAGGAUAGAGUGAUGUUGACGGGUCGUCACAUGGUCCGAGAUGUCAGCUGCAAAAACUGUGAUGCUAAACUUGGGUGGGUGUAUGAAUUUGCAACAGACGAUAAUCAACGAUACAAGGAAGGCCGUGUCAUCCUGGAACGUGCUUUAGUCACAGAGAGUGAUGGAAUGGAUAACAUACAGAUAAACUUGAAUAAUUAUCGAACUUAAAAAACGUGGACUUGCAUCAAUGUUUUCUCUAACAUAGUGUUUCUCAAAAUAAGAAACUUCUUACAGUCUCCUGGGGGAGGGGGGCGAAAGAAGAUUUUUAAUGUUGAAAUCGGAAAGAUAGGAAAGUAAAACUCAAAAUUAUGUUUUAUUUUAUUUUAUUUUUCACGUGUUUUAAUCGUGUUACUUAAUCACUUUCAUAAUAAACGAUUCAUUUUUUCCCCACAACAGGAAACUAACUUAACUUUCACAUGGUUGACGCACGCGCCAAACGCGGAAACGUUUCGCAGUGACGAUUUGUCCCCCCUUCCCCUCCUCACAUCGCGCAUGAAACUGAUCUUCUCAUGGUUUUAGCGUAUGCUACGUACGAAACAUUGUGCAGUGACGAUUCGUUCCUCCGGCGUCACGAAACUAAUUUUGUUUUCCCACAUUGUGAAACUGCUUUCAUACGGUGCGUGCACAUCAUACAUACACGCACACAUACACUCGAUGUACACAACAAAAAUUCACGCCUAUACACGUAAAUGCACACGCAGAGUACGUUGUCCGAUUAGAAUUCCAGAGUUUCGUACACGUAUGAUUUUCAGGAGAGACGGUCAAAAGCUAGUCAAACACAAUUCUAAUUUUUACCAGCUAACGUGUGUAUAGAUAAUUAUUUGUACAUUAAUACCGCGCGAUUAACGCAGAACAAAAGUGUAAAACCAGAAAGCGAGGACGCACGCGUGCGAUCGAGAAGGCAACAAAAAGAGAAAAAAAAUACAAAAAACGAGCGAGAAAAAAAAACCAGAAAAAGUAGCGAGGAUGAGAGAAAGGUCGAAGCGAAACGAAAAAUCGAAAAAAAAAGGAGAAAAACGGGAGGACUAACAUGUAUGUACGACGACUUUUACGUCACACGCACGCGAAAAUGUUGAAAGACUGCUUCCAAACGACUUCAGGAAACUCGUUCAACGUAGAAUUAUUAUUUCGUACUGAAACGCAGUAUCUGAAUACGCAAUUGAUUUAAAGGGCAGGACCUGAACUAACUAAUGUAAAACGCAAAGAGAUAUUAUCCGCAUCGAACGAACGUGUAUGAUGUUUAGUAAUAAUGUAAUUGAUAACGCGCGUGAUUCUGCCAAAGAUCAACGGGGCCGUUAAACUGAUAAAGAGAUUUUACACGCACCGACCUCGACGUUUUACGUCGUUGUAAUUCAAAGUAAGAUAAUCAUCAUCGCGUAAACGAGACGAUGAUUGAACAUUUGUGCUUAGUACUUACACCGUCGUUGUAUCGAGAUCCGUGGGGAGGCGCUGCUUUCGUUGAAAAUGCAAUUCAGUCGCGAAACAAUCGGCGCGAGGUCGGUAUCGAUAAAUGGCUUUUUUUCGGGCAGAAACACGGCGUAUGUAAUUCGAUGGUACCGAAUGGAUAAGGUACUCGUGGUUAGCAUAGGCCAGGAAUGGGAAAAUUGUAUUUUAAAAAGUAUUCAAACGACGAAUUCCUUCUCAGUUUGUAUCGUCUUUCCACGAGAAGAAAGCACAGCGUGUUUACAU